AUGAGUAAACUCCCCACAAACGGAUGGGUUGAUGUCCGAACGAAUCUGAUGAAAUAUAAAAAGUAUUUUUACAAUAUCAAAGGAAACACCCUUGGAUUCUAUAAGGAUGAGGACCUCAAAAAAGAUUUGUUUAAAAUCGACCUCCGCGCGUCAAAGCUGUGUUACCUCCCAGUUUUACAAGACAAAAUAGAACAGCAAAAAAUUGUCAUCACCUUCGAUUUGCUUGAGAAAGAGUAUUACCAAUUUGAGUGUAACAAUGUACAAACAUUGGCGAUGUGGAUAACAGAAAUAUCGCCACUGGUUGAAGUCAUUGGAACAACACAUUAUCCAAUCAACACUGCGAUAUUCAAAACGGGAUUGUGUUUGCCACUCCCAUUGAUUCGUUCUUUCAAAUACAUUGAGGCCCAAAACUUCAAGGUAGAGGACAAUCUAAUAGUUCCCGGGUGUUACGACAUUUCUAAGAUAAACGAAACUGACGAUGCAAACGACAUUACAAGCUGCAGUCAGGCACAUCUCAUCAUUUAUGAAUACAUCAAAGCUUUAAACCCGCCAUUAAUUCCAUCAUACGUGAAUGACAAAAUCAUCGACGCGUUAAAGCGAGAGAGUGUUGUGAAUCAAGUAGAAGUGUUAGAGAAGGCAAUUGAAGAUAUUCAUAACCCGUCACAUUUAGUUGUUGUGUUGCUUUUUAAUUACUUACACAAACUUUACGACGACAAUUCUGAAAUACUUGAAGAGUUGGUGGAUAAGUAUCAGUGUGUGUUUGACCCUGCACCCGAGUACUCAAACUUCAAAAAACUCUUUGUGAACUGUUUAGUGGAGAAUUUUGAGUACGUCUUUCCAAAAGCAGAAAAUGUUGUUGCAGAAUUCAACAAAGAACCGUCUCCACCCACAUUUGUUGGGACAACUAAGCGGUCUGCGUUUGAAGAGCUUGUAAAGAAGAAGUUGAAAUCGCUUGAACAAAAAGACGAAAAGGGCAAAGAAAAGGAGAAGGAGAAAAAGGAAGAAGAACCUAAAGAGAAAAAAGACGAGAAAGACAUCGAGAGAGAAGACAAAGACCUCAAACAAAUGUUUAAAAAGAAACAGAAAAAGGAGAACCAAUCAGACGAUGGAAUGGACUUACUUCUCAAACAGUACUGUAUGGUUGAAACUGAAGACACACUUGAGACAAGACUUGAGAAACUAAAAAAGGAAAUAGCCGAACUCAAAGACACUGUUGUAGAACAGGACAAAACAAUUGUUGCUCUCAAGGAAGAGUAUGCAAAGCAGAACCCACAAGCUUCUCCUCAAAAAUAA